AUGGAGCUAUUAUUCCUGACUUUAAACGCUCGUCGCAUCGAAGAUCAACAAGCCAUUGAACGAAUUAUGGCGUCUCGAGACAAGGGGUGGCUGAUGGGUCUUGGUUUUAAGGGACCUCGCACCCCUCACUUGUCACGCAGCACCAAAUAUGACGAAAACGACGCAAAGCAAGUAGACCCGAAUAGUGAGAUGGCAGCGCUUGAGGAGAAGAUGGUGGGUAUGGCCAUUAAUACUCGAAUGGAGAAUGAGCGGCCAACUUCGCUCACUAUGCGGCUUAUUCGAGCGAAUGUUGCUUUAUCCAAGAAUACCAAGCGUCGAGCUCGAGCUCGAUCAUCAGAAGCGGAAGAUACCAAGAUUGAUGCAAUGCUGCGCAAGAAAGUGUUGCGGAUCGACUGGCUGGAUAUCGGCAAGAUUGAAAAUCUCGACGCGUUCACACACGUGGAAGAACUGUAUCUUCAGUAUAAUUUGAUUGAGACGAUUGAAGGUUUAGACGACCAUGCACAGCUCACGUUCCUUGCACUCGCUGGCAACCGAAUCCGUGAAGUCAAGAACCUCAAGAACUUAAGUAAUCUCAAGUUUUUGGAUUUGUCGAUGAAUUACAUCGACAAGUUUGACGUAAGCGAGUUCCCGCAAUCUCUUUGCGUGUUGCGUGUCGCCGGAAAUCCCUUUGUCGAGACUACACCAGCCUACGCACAUUUCGCAUUCGAGAAAUUGCCGAAUCUCGUAGAGGUUGAUCAGUUUCGACGACCCUCUUCAAUAUUUGCACCAAAAACCACGCCUCUGUCUGCACAGUUGUCAAAAACUGUAAGUGAGACUUCAGCUUUAGAUAUUCGAGCAGCGGUAUUGCCGAUACCUCGUUCGUCAAUGGACCAAUACCGCGCAUUGCAGGUCGAAGUGGAGCUACCUCACUCUGAACAGGAUCUCCUAGAAAAACAAGAAGCAGAGCAUACGGCGGUCUUUAAUCGUAUCGAUUGCGAAAAAAAGCGUAACAAACGGGUGCCGAAGUGGAAGGUGCAGCUGACAGCAAUAGCGUCUACGAACACAAGAACAAUUAGCAGAGCGUGGGGAAUGGAUCCAGACUGGGACGAAUAA